AUGUCUGUUCUGGUAUUAACGAUCAUCUAUCUCUUCCACUUGUUUUAUCUUUUUCUUAGAGUCGAUACAGUAUUUGCAGAUAGCACCGUGGAAAUAGGUAAUGGAACGGACGCGAAUUUUUCGAAUGCCAACUACACGGACAACGUGUCUUAUAUGUCGGCGUUGUGUUACAUUGACCAGCAAACUCAGUUUAUCUUGUACAUAACAGUGUCCACGCUGGGAAUCGUGGGAAACGCGGCUUUCAUGUUUGUAGUGUUUAGAGUACCUGCGCUCCACACCCCAACGAACUGGUAUCUGGUGAAUUUAGCAGUUGCUGAUUUUCUUUACUCCAUCCUGAUUUGGUCAGUGUUUAUCUGUGUCGGCUCUGAUGCCGCUAGUUGCAAUUUCAUUGCUAACGAGGCGUUCCAAUGUACGUUUGGAAUUCUAAUCGACGUUUCUCUGCUCGCAUCACUCACCACUGUUGUUCUGAUUUGCAUCGAACGUUACCUAGCGAUAAAGAGCCCCCUGAAGUAUCGGUUUAUUGUUGGUAAGCGAUCCAAAAAUGUACUUCUCAUAAUUUUAAGUUGGUUCAUAGGCGCAACGCUGAACGUACCGAUGAUAAUUGACUGUUCUGCGCCCGUCAUCAGAAGCAAUACGCUGCGGUUUCUUCCCGGUGUGGCGUUCAUGGUGCUCACCAUAUCCUCCAUGGUAUGUGUAACUACGCUAUACUCGCUCGCUGCGUAUCAACUUUGGAGAGCAGCUGUUGCCAUGAAUAGCGCUCGUCAUAGCAAUCACGAUGAUCAGCACAUCAUCCGAGUAUGCAUAGCAACUGCUGUGAUCUUAUUCGUGUGUGUUGUGCCCAGAGUGGUUGGACUUUUGGCCGAGUUGAUGGAGAUCAAUGGACGAGAAAUGUUUGCCAAUGAAUGCACUGACUGCCUACAUAACAUAUCUGGGUGUCUUUUACUGUUGAACUCUGCAGUCAAUCCGUAUGUUUACAACAUUGCUAGUAGAAGAUAUCGUCUUGCAUUCAAAGAAGCCUUCACACGAAAUGGUCUGCCUGUGCGCAAGAGGUCAUUGGCGUCUGAGUUUGUCAGUUCGAACAGAUCUAGAAAUCGUCGAUCUCUUAUGUCGUGCUCAACUUCACUCUCCAGAAUCCCGGGACAAAGCCCACAGUACAAAAUGAAAAUGUUGCACAGAACAUAA